AACGACAAAAUACCGUUAAAAAAACAAUAGGCAAUAAUAGGCGAUGAAUAGUUGAAUACCCUUGGUUACAGCGAAAACAAAGCCUUGUCUUUUUUGUCAAUUUCUCAAUAUUAAUCCUCAAUUCCUGACGUUCGAUCUCAACUUGUCAUUCUUAUUCACUCAAUUAUACAAGUAUAUCUUCUAAUUAGGUUUUGUAGUAUUCGGAUAAAAUUAUGGAUGCUAAGAUCGGACAAUUCUUUGAAUCCAUUGGUAAUUUCUUCGGCAAUGGUGAUCAAAUUCCAUGGUGUGAUCCUGACACUAUUUCUGGACUUGAACGGGAGGUUGCAGAGGCUGCAAGUGCUAGUGAAGAACAGAAAAGUGAAUGUAUAAUGAGGUUGUCAUGGGCCCUUGUUCAUUCUAGGCGUCCUGAGGAUGUGCAGCGUGGGAUAGCUAUGGUUGAAGCAUCACUGGCCAAAACUAGCACUAGUCCUCUUGCUAAGAGAGAAAAAAUCUAUCUGCUCGCUGUGGGGUACUACAGAAGUGGUGACUUUUCAAGAAGUAGGCAACUUGUGGAACAAUGUCUGGAGAUUGCACCUGACUGGAGGCAGGCAUUAAGUCUGAAGAAACAUGUUGAAGACAGAAUUGCCAGAGAUGGUGUCAUCGGGAUAGGCAUAACAGCCACUGCUGUGGGACUUCUCGUUGGAGGAAUCGCUGCAGCUAUGAGUCGGAAGAAGUGAGAUGAGCUGAUAUUUUUUUUGGAGUCUAAUUUCAAACAGCAACUAUCAUCUUGAUUCUUGACUCCUCUUAUACUUAUGUUAUAUACUUUGUGCUUGGAUGUAAUUGGAUAAAUAAUUAAUCUUACACAUUUUUUCUUCCUUUUAAUUUGCUA